UAUGUCAUAUUUUUUAAUUUUCAUUGAAUGGGGCAAAAGCAAAACGUUGAUGAAACUCACACCAGUUGCUUUGAUUUCCUUUCGUUUCCGUCUCUACCAAAAGUGUUUACUUUGAAAGAGAAAUUGAAACAUUAUUUUUCUUCUGUAUUUGGUGAAUCUCCCAAGUCCUCCACCAACCAUACUCAGGCCGGGUCCUAUUCUAAAAAGGGUACAUCUUUGUGUUCAUAUUGGUCAAAAAAAUUUGCUUCGGUUGGCUUGAAUGGAUCCAAGAAAAGAAAUCAAAAUCCAAUUUCAAUUGGAAGUAACUGUGAAAAUUUGGACAAGAAUGGUGAUAUCUUGGACAAGUAUGGUGAUUCUAGUCCCAUGAGUAAGAGCAAGGAUUUACUGAAUGAUAAAAGUGAUGACAAAGAUGAACAGCAUUCUCCAACAACUCCCAAUAAGCCUCUUCCCAAUUUCACUGAUCAUUCUACUUUCAUUUCUCCUGAGUUGAAUGAUUUUUUUGAGUCCUGCCUCCCUAAUAUAACAAAAGGAUGUCAAAGGGUCCUACUUUACAGUUCCAUGAAACAUGGCAUAUCACUUCGUACACUUCUUCGCAACAGUGCCAAACUGUCUGGUCCUGGUUUGCUGAUUGUUGGAGAUACACAAGGGGCUGUGUUUGGUGGACUCGUAUUUUGCCCCUUGAAACCUACUUUCAAGAGGAGAUAUCAAGGGACAAGCCAAACUUUUGUAUUUACAACUGUAUAUGGUCAACCAAGGCUUUUUCGACCUACCGGUGUGAACAGGUACUAUUACUUAUGUUUGAAUGAUUUGGUUGCACUUGGUGGUGGUGGAAGUUCUGCUUUAUGCUUAGAUGAAGAUUUGUUAACUGGAACCAGUGCACCGUGUGAUACAUUUGGAAACAUGUGUUUGGCUCACACCUCAGAAUUUGAAUUGAAGAAUGUUGAGUUAUGGGGUUUCACAUAUACUUCUCCUUACCUUAAUCGACGUUAAGAUGAGCACAAUAAACAAAUUCAACUAUCUCUCCUUGGACAGUGAGAUGUUAAACAACAUAUUGUAAUCACAUGUUAUCGUUUUUCGUUGCUUAAUGUAUGAGACUUAUGCUGAAUGUCA